CAUAUAACUGGGCUACUAGGGUUUACGCUUCUCCUUCACUUCAGCACUAGCUAGAGAAGCAGAGGAGCCGCCGCCGUUUUCUGCAUCCACCACCACCAAUAUGGCGAGAGGAUUGAAGAAACACUUGAAGAGGCUCAAUGCCCCGAAACAUUGGAUGUUGGAUAAAUUGGGUGGUGCUUUUGCCCCCAAGCCAUCAUCUGGUCCCCACAAAUCGAGGGAGUGCUUGCCCUUGAUUCUCAUUCUGCGAAACAGGCUGAAGUAUGCUUUGACUUACCGUGAAGUUAUUGCCAUUCUGAUGCAACGCCAUAUCCAGGUUGAUGGGAAAGUAAGGACUGAUAAGACCUACCCUGCUGGAUUUAUGGAUGUGGUCUCCAUUCCUAAGACCAACGAAAACUUCCGUCUGCUUUAUGACACUAAGGGUCGGUUCAGGCUCCACUCGAUCAGGGAUGAGGAAGCCAAGUUCAAGCUGUGCAAAGUCCGCAAUAUCCAGUUUGGCAAGAAAGGCAUUCCUUACCUCAACACUUACGAUGGAAGGACCAUCCGCUACCCUGACCCUCUCAUCAAGGCCAACGACACAAUCAAGCUGGACCUUGAGAGCAACAAGAUCACUGACUUCAUAAAGUUUGAUGUAGGUAAUGUUGUUAUGGUGACAGGUGGUAGGAACAGAGGUCGUGUUGGUAUUCUCAAGAACCGUGAGAAGCAUAAGGGAAGCUUUGAGACCGUCCACAUUCAGGACGCCACUGGACACGAGUUCGCCACCCGUCUCGGGAACGUGUACACCAUCGGAAAGGGUACCAAGCCGUGGGUAUCUCUACCAAAGGGUAAGGGUAUUAAGCUGUCUAUCAUCGAGGAGGCCAAGAAGAGGAUUAGCGCCCAAGCCGCCACUGCUUAGAGAUAUCUUUAAUUUCUGGAUGGUUGAAGUAGUUUUAGCUCCUUGUAUCUUGAUGUUUGGCGCUUCUUCUAUGAGGUUUUGACGUUCUUAUUGUUUCUGCUUUUAAAACAUAGUUGCGCUUCCUAAGUUGGAUUUUUUAAUUUCGGAUCUGUUUUAUUUGUGAUA